CUUGAGCAGAGACUAAUUACUGUGAGAAGGAAAAGUGUUGGUGAACAUAAACAGAGGAAGUAGCAAAAGAAAAAAUGGCAAAGAAGAUGGCAUGUGUGACGGGAGGUACUGGCUAUGUGGCCUCACUUCUCGUCAAGUGCUUGCUUGAGAAAGGCUAUGCCGUCAACACCACUGUCAGAGAUCCUGACAAUAAAAAGAAGGUCUCUCACCUCCUGGAGCUACAAAGUUCUGGUGAUUUAAAAUUGUUUAAAGCUGACCUGACUGAUGAAGGAAGUUUUGAUGAUGCUUUCGCUGGUUGUGACGUUGUCUUCCACUUGGCAACCCCAGUCCACUUCGGUUCUCAAGACCCAGAGAAUGAUAUGAUCAAGCCAGCAAUUCAAGGGGCACUAAAUGUUCUGAAAGCUUGUGUGAAAUCAAAGACAGUGAAGCGUGUGGUCAUGACAUCCUCUGCAGCUGCUGUAUCCAUUAACAACUCCACUGAAACUGGUCUAGUCAUGGAUGAGAAAUGCUGGACUGAUGUUGAUUUCUUAGCUUCUGAGAAACCACCCACUUGGGGAUAUCCAGCAUCCAAGACACUAGCAGAGAAAGCAGCAUGGAAAUUUGCAGAAGAGAAUAAAAUUGACCUUGUCACCAUUAUUCCUUGUCUCAUGGCGGGUCCUGCUAUUACUCCUGACGUUCCAAGCAGUAUCUGUCUCGCUAUGUCGUUGCUCACAGGGAAUGAAUUCCUGAUCAAUGGAAUGAAAGGUAUGCAAAUACUGUCUGGUUCGAUCUCAAUAACACAUGUGGAAGAUGUUGUUCGUGCUCAUGUAUUUUUAGCUGAGAAGGAAUCGGCUUCUGGUCGAUACAACUGCUGCGGCGUCAACACCUGCGUUACUGAGCUUGCUAAGUUCCUUAGCAUAAGAUACCCUCAAUACAAAGUCCCCACUGAUUUUGGAGAAUUCCCCACCGAGGCCAAGUUGAUCAUCUCCUCUGAUAAGCUUGUUAAAGAAGGUUUCAGCUUCAAUUAUGGCAUUGAAGAAAUAUAUGACCAGUCAGUUGAGUACUUCAAGGCUAAGGAACUGCUGCAGUGAAUGCCUAUUUGCUUGAGUUCUAAAUCCUUUUCACAUGGUACCCAACUAUGUUUUAACUCUGCUAUUAAAAUGUUAUGAAUAACAUCAUCUUUCUUUGUAUCA